UCUCUCUCUCUCUCUCUCCCCCGGCUCAGGUAAGGGCGAUGGCGUCGAGCGGUCUGCAAGCCCUGGGGAUCUCCCUGUGCCUGCUGGGAUUGAUCGCGGCGGUGGUCUGCUGCGUCCUGCCCAAGUGGAACCAGAGCUCCUUCGUGGGCGCCAGCAUCGUCACCGCACAGACCCACCAGGACGGCAUCUGGAAGAGCUGCGUCACCCAGAGCACCGGCCAGCAGCAGUGCAAGUACUAUGACUCCAUCCUGGCGCUCUCCUCUGACACCCAGGCCGCCCGCGCCCUCACGGUCAUCUCCGUCGUCCUCUCCGGCCUGGGCCUGCUGCUCGCGUUGGCUGGAGCCAACUUCACCACCUGCCUGGAGGACGAGGGGGUCAAGGGGAAGGUGGCGGCGGGUGCCGGGGCUCUGCUGGCCCUGGCGGGGGUCCUGGUGCUGGUCCCCGUUAGCUGGUCGGCCAACGUCACCAUCUCCCGCUUCCACGACCCGCUGGUCACCGACAAGCGGGAGAUCGGCACCAGCAUCUGGGUGGGGUGGGCCGCCGCCGGGCUGCUGGUCCUCGGGGGGGCGCUGUUGUGCUGCUCUUGGCCGCGGGGAGGGGCCGCCGGCUCAAGCUACAGCGCAAAGUACAUCAACAACCCCGCGGGGCCCGCCCGCACCAACGUCUGAGAUCCAUCUCUGAUCUAUCCAUCUCCCAGU